UGAAAUUUACCCUCUCAGGCUCUUCCCACUCCAGAGCUCCGACUCUCGGCUCACCUGUUCAAGAACAGAGGGACUAAAAAUACACUAGAUCCGAUCCAAAGCCAUUAACGCUACCUCUCCAAAACCCUAGAAUGCGAGAGCCGACGAGAUCGCUCUCCAACUGAUCUCGCUCAUCUCCAAUGGCCAAGCCGAAGAACCGCCUGCUGCUCCUCCUCCUCGUCGUCCUCUCCAUCUCGACGGCGGCGGUCUUCUUCAUCCGUAGCGCUUUAGAUUCCUGCGAGUCGCGUCGCGAUGGACAGGCGGCGGACGCCGCGGCCCCGGAGAAGGAUCCGCUAGGUUUCAUGAGAUCCAAGCGCGUUCUUCUCGUCUCUCACGAGCUCUCUCUUUCAGGUGGACCAUUGCUUUUGAUGGAGCUGGCAUUUCUUUUAAGAGGUGCUGGUGCAGAAGUAGUGUGGAUUACUAACCAAAAAUCAGUUGAAAUUAAUGAAGUUACUUACAGUUUGGAGCAUAAGAUGUUGAAUCAGGGUGUGCAGGUCCUUUCUGCGAAGGGCCAAGAAGCAAUCGAUGCUUCUCUUAAAGCGGAUUUGGUUGUUUUAAACACCGCUGUUGCUGGAAAGUGGCUUGACCCUGUUCUAAAAGAACAUGUACCUCAAGUUCUUCCGAAGAUUCUGUGGUGGAUUCAUGAAAUGAGAGGUCAUUACUUCAAAUUGGAAUAUGUCAAGCAUCUUCCUUUUGUUGCAGGUGCCAUGAUUGACUCCCAUACAACAGCUGAAUACUGGAAGAAUAGGACACGUGAGCGUUUAGGUAUCAAAAUGCCACAGACAUAUGUUGUUCACUUAGGAAAUAGCAAAGAACUGAUGGAAGUUGCUGAAGAUAGUGUAGCCAGAAGGGUUCUUAGAGAGCAUAUACGUGAGUCUCUUGGAGUGCGAAAUGAAGACCUCCUAUUCGCUAUUAUAAACAGUGUUUCACGUGGUAAAGGACAGGACUUGUUUCUUCAUGCAUUUCAUGAAAGUCUGCAGCUCAUCCAAGAUCAGAAGCUUCAAGUUCCAUCCAUUCAUGCCGUGGUAGUUGGGAGUGAUGUGAAUGCUCAGACCAAGUUUGAGAUGGAACUUCGUUCUUUUGUGUCAAAUAAAGGAAUACAAGGUCAUGUUCACUUUGUCAAUAAGACACUUACAGUGGCUCCAUACUUGGCUGCAAUUGAUGUGCUUGUUCAGAAUUCUCAGGCCCGCGGAGAGUGCUUUGGAAGGAUAACAAUUGAAGCAAUGGCAUUUCAGCUACCGGUAUUGGGUACAGCUGCUGGUGGCACGACUGAGAUUGUUGUGGAUGGAACGACAGGUCUUUUGCAUCCUGCGGGAAAGGAGGGUGUCACCUUGCUUGCCAAGAACAUUGUCAAACUUGCCACUCAUGUGGAACAAAGGCAAACUAUGGGAAGAAAAGGUUAUGAAAGAGUGAAGGAGAGGUUCAUGGAACACCAUAUGGCUGAAAGAAUUGCAUUGGUUCUAAAAGAAGUUAUUCAGAAAUCAAAGCGCCUCUCGCAUUCUUAAGAUGAUUUUGUUGCUAAUCCCUUCUAGAAUUUUGUUAAUACGCAAUAUUACUGGCUUCAUCUCUGUGGAUUAAAAGCAAGUUGAGACCUGAGUCAUGUAAAAUUAAGAUUCCAAAAUAUGCUGCAAACAUGAUUUCUAGUGUACAUUUGAUUCAUUGAUAGUUUAUACGCAAGUUUUAAUUAGAA